CCGGCGCGGGAGUGUUCGUCAUGGCCCGCGCAGCUCGCGCCACUAAAUUCGCCUCAGCGCGCCUCGAUCCACAUCGAGCACCCGUUUACCGAGUACAUUCCGCUGCUCUCCGGUGCUGAUCGGUGCUCUCUGGUCCUCCGGGCUCGUUCAGUGGGAAAGACGGCGGAUAGUUAGUCGUUUUUGUUCGAUUAAAGUCGGUCGACGAUGAUUUAUGUGCUAAUGCUAAGAUUAGCUUCAAGAGAACCAAAGCAGACCAGCGCAUAAAUGGCAAAAUAUACCGAUUAAACUUCAGUUUAUCGACCGAACAUGAUAUUUAGAGAGUAAAAGACUCUUUUAUAAGAUAAAAACACAUCUCGUAUGUUUAAAUGAAGUAGUUUUGGCGUUUGUGGCCCGUGUCAGUCCAUUCAGACCAAACCACAAGCAUCAUGUGCCCAUCAAGGAUCCCGCUCCAGUAUGUCCGAAACUGUGAAGUAUGUGGACGAUGAGCACAAGACCAUCUUUCUGAAGCUACUGAACGAGCAGCGACUAGAAGGCGAGCACUGCGACAUCGCGGUGGUGGUGGAGGAUGUGAAGUUCAGGGCGCAUCGCUGUGUGUUGGCGGCGUGCAGCAACUACUUCAAAAAACUCUUUAAGAAGCACGAGGUGGACAGUUCGUCCGUCAUCGAGAUCGACUUCAUCCGCUCGGACAUCUUCGAGGAGGUGCUCAAUUACAUGUACACCGCGAAGAUCUCGGUGAAGAAGAAGGACGUGAAUCUGAUGAUGUCCUCCGGGCAGAUACUCGGAAUACGGUUUUUGGACAAGCUCUGCUCGCAGAAACGCGACAUGUCGCCCGACGAGAAAAGCAACGACCCCCGGAACACAAAGUUCCCGUAUGACAUGGUGAAAAUGGGGCUUCCGACGGAAGAUCCCCCGUUGAAUCAAGACAGUGACGUGCAGGUGCUCGGCGACCAAGACGACGCGCCUUCGGACGACAUCGUGGAGGAAGCGCAAGGCAAUCACGACCUGGACAAGUCACCGAACAACGCCCUGCGAGUGCAGGAGGCCAUCCUGAAGGAGCUGGCGCAGGAGGAGGUGCACAAAGUCAGCUGCUACGACCAAGAGGUGGAAGCAAUAGACGCCGAACCCAAAGAAUUGGCGAGCCACACCCAGACGCUCUCGUUCGCCGACAGCAUGGGCGACGUGAAGGACGAGCAGCCGCCGGGAUGGACGACGGCCACCGCUGAUAUGAAGUUCGAGUAUCUGCUCUACGGCCACCGAGAUCAAUUAGCCUGCCAAGUGUGCGGCAAGACCUUCCUGGACGAGAAUCGCCUUCGGAAACACGAGAAGCUGCACUCGGCCGAGAGGCCGUUCGUUUGCGAGAUCUGCACUAAAGCGUUCACCACACAGGCCCAUUUAAAAGAGCACCUGAAGAUCCACACGGGCUUCAAGCCUUAUCGUUGCGACGCCUGCGGCAAGUCCUUCAUCCGCGCGCCCGACCUGAAGAAACACGAGCGCGUGCACAGCAACGAGCGGCCGUUCGGCUGCCAGAUGUGCGAAAAGGCCUUCAAGCACAAGUCGCACCUGAAGGACCACGAGCGACGCCACCGAGGAGAGAAGCCGUUCGUGUGCAACUCGUGCACCAAGGCCUUCGCUAAAGCGUCCGACCUGAAGAGACACGAGAACAACAUGCACAGCGAACGCAAACAGCUGACCGGCGGCGGCCUGCAGAGCGAAACCGAACAGCUUCAGGCCGCGGCUAUGGCCGCCGAGGCCGAGCAGCAGCUGGAGUCCAUCGCGUGCUCGUAACACGCUCGAGUCUUACUACUGUUCACAUCUGUUUUUUUCUCUAAUUUUAGAACAUGAUUUACACGAUUGUUUCUUUUAUAUGUAAAUGGUGCGAAACGUUUUCUCUUGUUGUACAGUUCAUACCAAAUGUAUUUAUGGCAGCUGACGGACGAUGAAUUGUUCUGCCCUUUCGCCUGUUGCCGUUGUACAGCGAAAAAGACACUUUUGUGAUGCUGAUGAGAUGGAAGAACCUCGCGGUCAGUCAUUCCAUCCGUUCCUCGCGGCGAUUUACACGCCGAGAUAUUUUUUGCUGUAAUAAAAGACUGGUGAAUCAUUCAA